CUUCCUCCCUUGCAUUUUGAUGGCAACAAUUUACUAAGCUUUCUCACCUCAGCGCACCUAUUCACCUGUGCCGUAUUCCCAGGCUAUUUUACUGUGAUAAACAGUAAACAAUGAAGAAAUUUUUCGAGGAUAUGAAGAAAGAUUUAAAAUUCAAGUCAGCUGGGCCAGGAAAGAAACUCACAGAAGACGCUAGCUCCAAGCCCCAAGUGGUGCAGAGCAGUGGCCCUGCCAAGCACUGUUAUGCUGCGCCUACUGAAGGAGCUCAGAAGGCAGGGGCUGCAGCCUUGGCCAGGAUCGAGGGGCAGCCACGCCCACGGGUACAAACCUCACAGGAUGUCAUCCGGCUCCAGGUGAAAAGAGAGCUUGAGGCAGAAGCUGCAGCAGUAGCUGGGAAGGAAAAGACAACAGCUGUUGAGGGCUCCAAUGUUAAGGAUCUGGCAUUUCUCUCAGUAACAGGUGUGUAUUUCACCUGCCCGCUUACUGGAGCCACCUUAACUAAGAGCGAGAGAGAUGUGCACAUUAAAGCGGCCAUUUUCAUGCGGUUUGAAGAGGAUGCAGUGGAGGCUUCCAUUAUGAUGGUUCAUACCUUCAACAAGGACAGGGAGAAAGUCAAGGCUGCAGUGGACAUCAUAAGCAAGUACAUUGAAAACAUCUGUAAGAACCCAACAGAGGAGAAGUACAGGAAGAUCAAACUUAGCAACAAGGUGUUCCAGGAAAAGGUAAAGACUGUGGAGGGUAGUCGGGAGUUCUUGGAAGCUAUGGGCUUUCAGAGCAUCAUGCUGGAUGUGGAAGGACAAGAGGAGAGUGAGGAGUUCCUGGUGCUGAUGGAGCAUGACCCAGAAUCCCUGGAGGUGAUGAAGGAGAGUAGGGACCGGCUACAGAGGGGAGAGCCAGUCAGAGCCCAGCUGGACCACCAGCCCCAGGCCUUCAGACCCUCCCUCAACGCCAUGCGCUUCGAACUUCCCCCAGAGUUCUACAACCUCACUGCAGAAGAGCUCAAGAGGGAGCAGCAGCAAAAGAACGAGGUGGUGGACAAGAACGCUAUGCUGCGUACCAAGGCCAUGCGGGAGAGAGAGGAGCAGAGGGAGAGGAGGAAGUACAAUUACACCCUGCUGAGAGUACGACUGCCUGAUGGAAACAUACUGCAGGGCACUUUCCUGGCCUGGGACAAGGUGUCUGUGCUCUUCCAGUUUGUGCGGAACUCCUUGGUAGAUGGCUGGCAGCCAUUUGAGCUGGUGGCGCCUGGAGGACACAAACUCCAGGAGGACCAAGAGGUGGCCCUGAAUGAAUGUAGCCUGGUCCCUGCGGUUCUGCUGACGUUUUCCUGGGAUGCCGCAGUGCAAGCGGAUAUUGCGGCUGGCGGUGGAAAGAGCCCUGCACUCCUCAAGCCAGAGCUACUGGAGAAUAUUCAGACCCUUAGCUGAGCAGAAGCUGUUUGUCCCUGGGUCUCCUACCCCUCCCAGGUUGGAGAUGACACCUUCAUCCCCAAACCACAUUUAAGGCUGUAGAAAUAACUACUAAUCCAUUAAAGAACGAGAGAUGGGGGGGAAGAGACAAACGCCAUGCAGUGUUUUUUGUAUUGUACCCUGAAUGUAGGAUGAGGACUGUGAAAUGGCUCCCUUACACCUACGGUUAGGUAAUCAGUCACCUUAGCAUGGUAUGACACCCCAUUCUGCUCUUCUCCAACAUAAAUCCUGGUUUUACAACAAAUAUUCAGAUAUAGUUAUAGCUUUACGUGUGAGUGGUGGACCACACUGCCCGUCUAGUGGUUAGGAUUCAGUAGCUGUUUUUUGUGAGCCAGACCAGCUGUGGACUACAAUGUAUAAUAGUUAUUGGUUAAGCCAUUUUAUUUAAGCUGGAGCCUGUAAUAUUGUAUUUGAGAUUAGCAGCACUUUUUAAGGUUGCAGCAGCAAACAUGUCAAAUUAUACCUUUAAAAGUGAAGGUUACUGGACAGAGCUGAUGUUAGAAGCUCCCUUUGUCAUUGAAUAGGAGGGCAAAAGGGUUUUGUCAAAGCAGUUACUACUUGGCUAAUUUCAUUCGAUUCCUCUAAAUUGUCAGCAACAUGGAAAUCUGUUUGAUAGUGGAGGUUUGUUUUUGGUUUUGUACUGUAUGUAAUCAACACUUGAGACCAACAAUGAGCUGAGGUUUGUCCCCAAGUCUUGAUCCAGUGCUGGCUGGGAUAACAAUCUACCUCUCCUUACAGCAUCUGUGUAACCUGUGCACUGCACGCAGGCAGCCAAAACUUCUCCAAUGUUUCAGUUCAGACAUGAACAGCAACACUAGUCAUCUCAUCACAGCAGCAAUUAGCAAAGCUUGUCUCUGUUGAUCUAUGUACCAAGAUGUAAAUGUUUUCCAAACCUUGUUUAGGAAUCACUUAAAUGAAGGUAAUGCUCUAA